AUGCCGGCGGCAUCGUCUCAGCCGCCGGUCAAGCUCUCGCUUCCUCUGCAAUUCCAACAGGAGAUCUACCAUCUUCUGCGCGCAGAAGAUGUCCUGGUCAUUCUUGCUCGAGGGUUGGGUCUUCUCAAGAUUGUGACAAAUCUUCUUCACUCCUAUGAUGCCGCAGGUAAUUCGCUCGUUAUCAUUGUCGGAGCAGAAGACCGUGAAAAUGAGUGGAUUGGAGAGGCUCUUGCAGAACACUAUGCCAUCUCACGAAGCCCGCUGGCCAAGGGACUUCGUGUCAUCAACACUGACAAGGCCACGGUGGCAGCUCGGGAGAAAAUCUAUUCGGAGGGUGGCAUUGUAUCAGUGACCAGUCGUAUCCUGAUUGUCGACCUGCUCUCAAAGCUCCUGGACCCAGAGACUGUGACUGGUCUUAUUAUACUUCAUGCGGAACGUGUGGUCGCCACCAGCAGCGAAGCAUUUAUUGUCCGGAUCUUCAGACAAUUCAACAAAAUUGGAUUUUUGAAAGCUUUCAGUGACUCCCCCGAGCCCCUAACAUCCUCUUACGCCCCUCUGGCGAGCAUGAUGCGAAACUUGUUCCUCCGAAAGCCGUCACUUUGGCCCCGUUUCCACGUCUCCAUCGCACAAAGCUUAGAAGGAAAGAAGAAAGCGGAUGUGAUUGAAUUGGAGGUUCCCAUGUCUGAAGCAAUGCGGGCCAUUCAAAAUGCGGUCAUGGAAUGCGUGGAAGUGAGCAUUUCGGAACUGAAGAAGGCCAAUACUGGGCUUGAAAUGGACGAUUGGACACUUGACUCUGCUUUGCACCAAAACUUUGACGCUAUUGUCCGCCGACAACUCGACCCGGUGUGGCACCGAGUCAGCUGGCGAACGAAACAAAUCGCAAAUGACCUCACAGUUCUCCGGUCAACCCUGCACUUCCUUCUCAGUUACGACUGUGUAUCGCUUUUGAAGUAUCUGGACACUGUGCUGGCGACGCACUCGCCUCCUCCAGGCUCGACGAGACAGAAUCAAUCUCCAUGGCUGUUCCUGGAUGCUGCUUCCACAAUUUUCCAAUCUGCAAGAGACCGGGUGUACAGUGGGAAAGUGGAUAACAACAAUGUUCUACCCUCGUCCAAAUUGCCAGAUUUCCUCACUCCAGUCCUGGAAGAACAGCCGAAGUGGGCUGUUCUGGCCGAGAUCCUCCAGGAGAUUGAAACGGAUGCCUAUCUGAAUCCGAUCCUGAAAGACGACUCAAAUGAUACUGUGUUGAUCAUGUGCAACGACCAGAGAACCUGUCGUCAAGUCCGAGAAUAUCUGCAGACCAUGUAUGUCAAGCCUCUACCCCAGGACAUGAAUGAUGGACAAGCUCCUCACGAGGUGGAAGCCGAAGAAGAACGAGCUUCAGCGGAAUUCAUGAUGAGAAGAAAACUCCGCCAAUACCUCGGGUGGAAGAAGACCUUUGCCCAAGUCAGUGCCUCCCUCUUCGAAGAAAAUCAAAAAUCCCUCAACGACCUCAAGAACAACACUGCAGCUGGUCGACUCAAUAGUAAAGCGCCGGCCAAUAAACGCAGACGCGUAAGAGGCGGAGGAUCUUCUGGUUUCAAUCCGUCACGAACUGUAAAUGGGGCUGUUGCCGUCAUUGAAGAUAAAGCGUCACAUGUAGCUGGCUUGCUCGCCGAACUGCGACCCACGGAAUCAGAAGCACUCCAGAGGGAAGACAUCGUUAUCGACGAUUUGAAUGAUGCCGGGGAAGACUUUUUUGAGUUAUACAGUCCGAACGAUCAAAUCGUGGUUCAUCCUUAUGAUGGAGACCAAGAUGAUCAACUUCUUGAAGAAAUCAGACCGAAAUAUAUUAUCAUGUAUUCGCCUUCUGCGGAUUUCAUCCGCCGAGUUGAGGUUUACCGGUCAAGCCAUUCCGACAGGAGUGUACGUGCCUACUUCAUGUACUAUGGCGGCAGCGUUGAAGAACAACGAUACCUCUCCGCGGUUCGCCGAGAAAAGGACGCAUUCACCAAACUCAUCCGCGAACGAGGCAGUAUGGCAGUCACACUUACAGACGCCGGUAACGUCGACCCGCAGGAAGCCUUCUUGCGAACUGUCAAUACUCGUAUUGCAGGUGGUGGACGACUUGCAGCCACCGCUGCUCCUCCGACGGUUGUGGUGGAUGUUCGAGAAUUCCGAUCAGCUCUCCCGAGCUUACUGCACGGUCGCAGCAUGCAAUUAGUUCCAUGUCAACUCACCGUUGGAGACUAUGUUCUAUCGCCAAACAUCUGUGUUGAACGAAAAUCUGUCAAAGACUUAAUAUCUUCGUUCAAGAAUGGACGGUUGUUCAAUCAAGCGGAAACAAUGUUGCAAUACUACAAAUAUCCGUUCCUGCUCAUCGAAUUUGAUCAUAACAAAUCGUUCACCCUUGAUCCAUUUGCGGAUUUGACCUCCGCCUCUACGCUCAAAAUGCCCGAUUCUGACACGAGGGACCUGCAAUCCAAACUAGUCCUUCUGACGCUGGCAUUUCCAAGACUCAAGGUGAUCUGGUCAUCAUCACCGUACCAAACGGCUGAAAUCUUCGAGGAGCUAAAAAAACAACAAGAAGAGCCAGAUCCACUGCGAGCAGUAGAGAUAGGGUUGGCCGAAGAUGAGGAUCCAGAAGAGAAAACCUUCAAUACCGGACCACAAGAUUUGCUCAGAGCGAUUCCUGGAGUGAGUGCCAAAAAUGCAAGCCGAUUGUAUCUGGAGGCCAAGAAUGUUCAGGAGAUCGCAAAUAUGAGCCUCGAAGAGCUUGAUCCUUUGGUUGGCAAAGAGGCGGGUAGACAAAUCGUCAGGUUUUUCACUCGAAGUGUUUUCGACGACGAAGACCUGUGA